AUGGUGGAGUUGGUAGAUUCGGCCGAGGAUAAGGAGGCUAGUAUGGUGAUGGUAGAUUUGAUUGAGGGAAAAGUGAUGUUCAUGUGGGUGGUGGCUAGUGUUUGGAUGUGGAAGUCGACAAUUGUGGAAAAAGGGGAGGAGGAAGGACGGGCUCGAGUGUUGGUGAUUCGAUGGCUAAAGAGGAAAAAGGUGGCGAGUGCCAAUGCUGUGUUGGAUAAUUAUAGGUCUAGGGGUCUGUUUCGGGUUGGAUUUGGGGCUGGUGCUAUGCUUGACAAUUACGGGUCUAAUGGCUAUUUUGGGUUGGUGAUGGUGGUUGCUUCGGUCGAAGCGAGUUGCGACGACGAGCUAAAGUCGAUGGUGGUCGAAGACGAUGGCGAUUACUUAGUAGUAGCAGGUGAAGACAAGAGAGAUUUAAUUCUAGGAGAAAGAGGUUUAGCUACAAGUCUUUCUUGUGGGAGAUGGAUGAAUAGUAAAGUCUAUCAAAAAAUUAAAGAGGGUGCAUUUGGAUUUAUAAGUCGAUUUUGGAGCCUUUUGGACAAAGGGGCUAAUACGAAAACAUGGAUUUUUAGAGACUUUAGAAAAUAUCAAAGAGGACAGAGAUUUAGGUACAGGUAA